AUGGCUCUAUCAAACUAUACUUCUACUCUGCUUUUGAAAGGGCAAAUUAGUCCAGUACAAAUUGCAGAUCCAGUUAUGGUUCUGGUUUUUGGAUGGAUCAUGUUAAUGGCCUCUCUUCUCGGAAUGUCUGUAAACUGCUGUGUCCUUCGCAAUUUCUACAAACAAAAAAUGUCAAGUUUUGAUAUACUGUGCUCCUCGAAAACUCUAUCGAAUAUGUGUAUUUUAUUGGGAUACGUUAUUCAUAAUGCUCCAAUUACUAUAAUAGGCAAUUUCAACGGGCCAACUCUCAUGAACAUACUUGUCAAUCAAAUGGUGAACUAUGGUAUCUACAUUGUAGGUCCCAUAGUCCAAUUUAUGAUUUCUAUAAAUCGACUUAUGGUUAUUAUAUUCGUAAAGCAGUCUAUGACUCAGAACAAUCAAAAGCUCACAAUUAUUGUUUUAGUAACUUUUUGGCUCAUUGGAAUUAUACUGACAGUUGCAACUAUAAACUCUUGUGAUGUGAUCUACAACCCGGAAAUAUUGAACUGGUGGAGUGGUGGAUGUGAUGAAAAUCUUGGGGAUACGAUCACUGGAUUUGUGAUUUUAUGCGCUGUUCUAUCAAAUCUCUGUAAUCUUGUGAUAGUUGUAAAGCUGGUUUUAGCAAUUAACAAAAAUCAACUGGAUUCAAGUACAGUCCGCCGGAGAAAGCAAAAAUCUCGAAAACUUUUUAUUCAAAGUUGUAUUCAAGAUUGGUUAUUUGCCAUAGACAGUAUUAAUAGCACAUUUGUGGAUUUGAUCUCCGAUGAUGCAAUUUUUACUUUUUUCUGUGAUAUCUUUUCAAACAUGAUGACUCCUGUAUUAGAUGGAAUUGUUAUGCUCAUUUUCAAUCACGAGAGCAAGAUCAAGAAGUCGAGAAUUAUGUCUGUCAAAAAGAGAGAAGCUACGCCUCAAAAUACUGGAUCACAGAGUAGAUAUUAA